GAUGUUAAUAUUCGUCUGACAAUUGCACGAUGUUUAAACAAUCUUAUCCGACUGCCUGAACAAGUAGUUAAUCGCCAUCGUGAUAUCACCGUCCUACCUGUACUUGAUCAACUCGUUGAUGAUCCUAACAGAUUUGUACGUAUUGAAGCUGUUCGAGCACGUAAUUUAUGGCUGAUAUGA